AUGACCACUGAGCGUGAGAGCAAGACUUUCCUCGCUCGCCUUUGCGAGCAGGCUGAGCGCUACGAUGAGAUGGUAACCUACAUGAAAGAGGUUGCCAAGCUCGGCGGUGAGCUCAGCGUCGAUGAGCGCAACCUCCUGUCCGUCGCCUACAAGAACGUUGUUGGUACCCGUCGUGCCUCAUGGCGCAUCAUUUCCUCAAUCGAGCAGAAGGAGGAAUCAAAGGGCUCCGAUAAGCACGUUGCCACCAUCCGCGAAUAUCGGAACAAAAUUGAGACCGAGCUUGAGAAAGUUUGUCAAGAUGUUCUGGAUGUUUUGGACGACAGCUUGAUUCCCAACGCUGCAUCUGGCGAGUCUAAAGUCUUUUAUCACAAGAUGAAGGGUGAUUACCACCGUUAUCUCGCUGAAUUCGCGUCUGGGGAAAAGCGCAAGGUUGCCGCUACCGCUGCCCAUGAGGCAUACAAGAGCGCAACCGAUGUUGCCCAGACUGAGCUCACCCCUACACAUCCUAUCCGCCUUGGUCUAGCGCUGAACUUUUCCGUCUUCUACUACGAGAUUCUCAACUCCCCGGAUCGGGCUUGCCACCUCGCUAAGCAAGCCUUUGAUGACGCUAUUGCCGAGCUUGAUUCGCUGUCUGAGGAAUCAUACCGCGACAGCACUCUCAUUAUGCAGCUCCUGCGAGACAACCUAACUUUGUGGACAUCAUCAGAUAGCGCCGAGGGUGAGGCUGCCCCUGCUCAGGAGGCCCCGAAGGAGGACAAGCCUGCUGAGGAGGCUGAGAAGCCCAAAGAGGAGGCUGCUCCUGCCCCUGAGUCCUAA